AUGGGCAUUCCACACACCCUCAAAGUACUUCGACUUGGCAGAGAUGUUGCUAAAAAUGGUCCGCUAGCAGAUCCAAAACGGCUUGGAUCCAUUCCCUUUAGUAUACGUCAGCACAAGCGUAUCAUUCCCACUCUCCUCCACGACAAAAAAAUUACAUUUGGAGAGCAGGUGUCCGAGGCAGGCAAGAACCGAUCUCGCAGAGUAUGGUACCCCAAUGUUCAAUACAUCUCACUAUAUUCUAGAGCACUAGACAUGAAUAUAUGGACAAGAAUCAGCACUGCAGCAUUGAGGGAAAUAGACCAUAAGGGUGGAUUUGAUGAGUACAUUAUCAGUGUUGCAGAUAAGCUGUUGCCGUGUGAGAUUGCAAAAAUGUAUCGGGAUCGUAUCUUGAAGCAGUAUGACGCUAAUACUCAAGGAACCAUGGCUGGCCAUCGUAAUAGCAUGCUAGAGAUGCUAGGAAAAGUAUAUGGCGAGGAUUACACGAGAAAGCUUGAAGAGGCAUUUACUGAACAGGAUUAUCAACUCAACAGGAGAUACGGCCAGCAGUUGGAUAAAUAA